UUUCAAAAGAUACCGUGGAAGUUCAUCACCUGAUAGGUUAGAAACUAAGAAUAGAAUAUACCGCGAAAUCUCUCUAUAUCCAGUUUUUCAAUUGACAUAAGAAUCCCGAGGGAAUGAAGCGAAAGAAUUCUUUUCUUGGAGUCUCAGUUACUACGUCUAAGCAGUAUUAAUUUCAGGGUUCAUUUGGAUUAGUAUGAGUAUUGAAGUGGGCAAAUGAAUUUCUUGGUGUGCUUGUUGUAGAGUUCAUUUGGAUGAGUAUGAGUAUGGAAGUGGGUCUUUUUGUUUCAUGUUAUGAACUGAUAACGGUUAUCAAAAUCAAUUGUAGUUUGCACAGUUGAAAGAGAGAACCAAGUUUGAGUCGCUAUGAUGGCUGGAGUUGAAGAUGUUUAUAAAACGCAUAUCGAAAAAUUACUUCAAGCAAUUUAUGCUACAAAAUACAUUAAAGAAGAUAACAUCCCGUGCGAAAUUGAAGAGGGUCUUUACUUGGGUUCACUUGGAGCUGCACAUAACAAAGAUGGAUUGAAAAGUAAGAAUGUCACUCAUGUCUUGACUGUAGCCAAUAUGUUAGCACCCCCACAUCCAAAUGAUUUCAUUUACAAGAAAAUUGAUGUGACUGACAGAGAAGGCACAGACUUAACACGACAUUUUGCGGAAUGCUUUGAUUUCAUCGAUGAAGCAAAAACAAAAGGUGGUGGUGUCUUGGUUCAUUGUUUCGCAGGAAAAUCUAGAAGUGUCACAAUCAUUGUUGCAUAUUUGAUGCAAAAGCGAAGACUUAGUCUAUCUCAAUCUUUAGAACAUGUUACGAGCAGAAGGCCAAAAGCUUCUCCUAAUCCCGGUUUCAUUCGACAAUUACAGGACUUCGAAAAAAAGUCUUGAAGUGAAUGAAACUGAGAAGACUGAAUGAACUAGCAUAUGAAAACCUUGAUGUAUCUUUUAAUGUUAUACACUGCAAAUAUGUGGAUUCCCUUUUUCUAUUUUACAUGAAAUUUCAGAAUGUGGAUUAUUAGGCUAUUAAGACCAGUAUAAUAGAAACUAGUUUGAAGCAUUUGAAUAUCCUAAGCAUUUAAUGGAAAUUGUACAAUCACAUUAUGGUUCUUAUAA